GUCCGUCAACCAAAUUCCAAUUAAGUAUAAUCAAUCCAAAACUUAGUUUUAUAAUAUGAAUUAUAAUAUGACAUGUUUCUAUACUUUUGUUUUAUUAGUACUAUUUUUAUCAUCAUUGAAUCUUGUUUUUUCUUCUAAACAUAGAAAAUUGAGCUAUGUUGGUGAUAAUGGUGAUCUUGUGACUAAUUUACCUGGUCAGCCUCCAGUAGAUUUCCAGCACUAUGCUGGAUAUGUCACAGUUAAUGAAACCAAUGGAAGAGCACUGUUUUACUGGUUUUUUGAAGCCAUGACCAAACCUGAAGAGAAACCAUUGGUUUUAUGGCUUAAUGGAGGUCCUGGUUGCUCUUCUGUGGGAUAUGGAGCAACACAAGAAAUUGGCCCAUUUUUAGUGGACACUGAUGGCAAAGGCAUUAAAUUUAAUAACUUCUCAUGGAACAAAGAAGCAAACAUGUUAUUCUUGGAAUCUCCUAUUGGAGUUGGCUUUUCCUACUCAAAUACAACUAGUGAAUAUGCACAAUUAGGAGAUGACUUCACAGCUAAUGAUGCUUACACUUUUCUACAUAAUUGGUUUAUCAAGUAUCCAUCAUAUAGAACAAGGGAAUUUUACAUAGCAGGAGAGAGCUAUGCAGGAAAAUAUGUACCAGAGCUAGCUGAACUCAUCAUUGAUAGAAACAAUAACCCUUCCCUUCAUAUUGAUCUCAAGGGCAUUUUGCUAGGAAACCCUGAAACUUCUUAUGCUGAGGAUUGGUUAGGAAUGGUUGAUUAUGCUUGGAGUCAUGCAGUGAUAUCCGACGAAACAUACAAAAAAAUCAGAAGAAGCUGUGAAUUUAACAGUAGUGAUCCAUGGAAAAAUAAAGAAUGUACUCAAGGAGUGGAUGAAGUGCUCAAACAAUACAAUGAAAUUGAUAUCUAUAGUCUUUAUACCUCUGUCUGCUUUGCCAGUACAGCACGAUCAAAUGAUCAAUCGAUGAAAAUGACGAUGAAGCACUCAUCUUUAAUGAUACCAAGGAUCAUGGGUGGUUAUGAUCCAUGUCUUGAUGAUUAUGCUAAAGCUUUUUACAAUAAACCAGAUGUUCAGAAGGCCCUUCAUGCCAGUGAUGGUCACAAUCUUAGGAAUUGGAGUAUUUGCAACAAUGACAUAUUCACCGGAUGGAAACAAUCAAAACCUUCUGUUAUCCCAAUUUACAAGAAGCUUAUUUCAGUUGGACUUAGAAUUUGGCUUUACAGUGGAGACACUGAUGGUAGAGUGCCAGUGCUAUCAACUAGAUACAGCUUAAGCAUUCUUGAUUUGCCUAUCACCAAACAAUGGAGUCCUUGGUACCAUGAAAAGGAGGUAAGUGGAUGGUAUCAAGAAUAUGAAGGACUUACAUUUGCUACAUUUAGAGGAGCUGGUCAUGCUGUGCCCUGUUUUAAACCUAGCAAUUCACUUGCAUUCUUCACUUCCUUUCUUCUCGGAGAAUCACCACCUUCUACUAGAUGAAAAAUUAUGUGAUUUGGAGUGUUAAGAUUUUGCAAUUAAUUACUUGGUAGUACCAUCUUAUUAAGAUAUUAAGCAGGAACAUACAAAUAUAGUAUAUUAUAUAUGAUGAUAUAAUAAAUAAAAGAGUAUCAAUGUUUCGGCUUGACCGGUGAAAAAUCUUAUUUAAUCUUCUAAUGAAACCUACACACACUUGCAUUGUUAAUUUUUGUAA